UCCAGGAUGUCUUCUGUUUCAAAUCUUGCUUUUUGUAAAUGUGUUUAAUAGUGGACAUUUUGCCAUUCAACCAUAUACAUGUUUUGAAAAAUAAUGCAUUCUGUCUGCUUGCCCUCCUCCUUCAUCCUAGACAAAAACGAGGCUAAAACAUACUUCGAUUUAGAGAAACUUGUUCAGCACAAGCCAUAUGAGCUUCCCAAGAAAGAAGUUUCUCCUGGAGCAGUAGCAGCUGCUGCAGCUGCAGCUACACCAGCUGCCACUCCAGUUCCAGCUGCAGAGCCCACGCCCUCUGCUGCUGCACCUGAGACUCUGACAGCAACCACUGCAGUAGAAGCUGCUGCCCAAGUGCUUGAGGCCACUCCUACUGCUGAAGCUAUUCUUGAGCCUGCUUUAGCAGCUGAAGUCACACCUGUUGUUGAAGCGACACCUGCUGUCGAAUCCAUCUCUGAAUCUGCUGCAGCAGUGGAAGCUACACCUGUGGCUGAAAUUGUUUUGGAUGCUGUCCCAGUUGUUGAAGCUGUUGCUGAAGCNGUUGCUGAAGCUGUACCAGCGGUUGAAGUUGUCGUUGAAGCUGUUGCUGAAGCUGCCUCUACUCCACCAGCUGCUGAAGCAGCACCAGUCUCUGAAGCUACUCCAGCAGAACCUUCAAUCAAAGAGACCCCUGAAGCCACAGCUGCUGAAACUGUUCCACCUGUUGAAGCUACCACUGAAGCCACUCCUACUGAGGCUCCUGUAGAUGCUGCAAUCGCUGAGGCCCCCGUAGAAGCUGCCCCUGCUGAGGCCCCCGUAGAAGCUGCAGCCGCUGAGGCCCCCGUAGAAGCUGCAGCCGCUGAAGCCCCCGUAGAAGCUGCAACUGCUGAGGCCCCCAUAGAAGCUGCAACCGCUGAGGCCCCCGUUGAAGCGGCCCCUGUAGAAACUGCCGCUGCUGAGGCCCCUGUCGAAACUGCCCCUGCUGAAGCUGCAGCUGAAGCUUCCGCCCCUGCAGAGAGUGCCAAGGAGCUGGAGGACCCUGCUCCAGUCGUAGCUGAAGCCGUAGGAGAGGAGCAGCAGUUGGAGUCCCCAGCUGAACCAGUUGAACCAUCUGAGGCUCAAAUGGACCCAAUUCAGAAGCUCUUCCUGGACUCCAUCCGUCAGUACUCCUCAAAAAGCCAAGCUACUGGGGGGCUAGUUGAUGCAGGUUCAGAGUAUGAGAAGGCUUUGGCAGAGGAGAUAGCCAAGCUUCAGAGACUUUAUGGUGGUGGUGACCUGACAUCUUUCCCUGAGUUCAAGUUCACAGAGCCCAAGCUGGAUGAAGUUUCUCAGAAGUGAACAUCAGCACUUCAACUGAACUUUUCUCCUCUCGCCUUUUGACUGUACAUCUGUGCUUGACUGUAAAACACGAACAGUCUGCAUGAUGUUAGAUCAACAAACCCUUGCCUCCAGCCUUGUGUGUGAAGAUACAACUGUUUCUGUAUGUUCUAUGGGACUACAGAUAAAGCAUUGGAUGUACAUUUUAGGCAGACAGAGUGAACUUAGAGCUGUGAACUAUGUUUUGUGUAGAAUGAUCAUGGCUGAGGUGAGUGUGAAGAAAACUAAUAAAUUCCAGGUCAUGUUUGUUAUAUGUAUGUCUCUUAACCUCUUUUCCUCAAAGCUAUUUCAAUUCACUGUAUUUUGAUCCAGUAAGGUGACAAUGCAGGAAUAGAAAGUAGAUGGCAGAAAAUACUCAGAAUGUGUUUUUUUUUUUAGACUAAAUAAGCACAUUUUCAGAUCUGACAUCAUGGUCAGUUAGGCUGAUGAAUGAUGCUCUUCAUCCACAUCUUGUCUUAUUAGAUUCAGAUUCAGACUUUCAUUCAUACAAAUUACAUCAAGGAUGCACUGCAGAAUGAAAUGACGAUGCAGGGUCAGCAAUAAAACACACACAAUCGUGAGCCCGUGCCGCCAUGGUUCAUGAGAUGUCAAAUUAUUGACAGAUGUCUAAAUGAGCUUGCUCACUGUGCAACUCUUUGCACACAAAUUAUUCUGGACAGAAAACAGAACUUGAAAUUGGAAAACUUUGGAGUGCAGAAAGACACAUGCAUAAAUAACAUUAAAUCAAAGACAUUAACGGAAUAUAAUGAACUCAGUUAGUCCUUUUUAGUUUUUACACAGAAUGUUGCCAAUUCCAGUGUACCUCCGAGUUGCUUUGAAAUAUUUUGUCAUACUGUAGAUGAUCCAAGUGAGUCAUCUCCUGGUUUUUUUCUGCUUUUAAUCAUACUGUUCCAGUCUGUAAGCACCAGUAAUGGCUGCCACGCAUUCGACCAUUAGAAUGCGUUUCAGACUUAGGUAUGUGUAUUUGUGUGAUCAUUAGUAAGUAUUUGAUAUUGGGUUGUAAUUUACAGUAUCGUAGAGUGUGCAUUUUAUGUAGGAAAGUUGUUCAUAAAUAUAUAUAAUAAAACUUGCGGUUGGGCACCUGGA